AUGGUAUGUUGCUGCGAUUUCCGUAUCGCCCCGGUCAUCUACUUGAUGUGCUUUUACUGCUGCUACAUGAUUCUCGUUUUUCCUAUCAUGGAGUUCGUCGGAUGGUGUUUGCAAUACGCUCUUGGAUAUGAGUUCGGACCCGAUUCACCUGUCUCCAAAUGGAUAUAUUUUGGAUGUCUACUCAUGUUCAUUCCAAUGUACAUUGGACUCUUCUAUUGGAGUUGGGUGAAACAUCGUGCCAAGCAACUGUUUACGCCAAAGUGGAAAACUAACGAGCCCCUCGACGAAGAAGACGUUAUAUGCACCAUUUGUUACGAGAUCAUUGUCAAUCCCCGCACUCUCCGCUGCCAACACUCGUUCUGCAAAAAAUGCAUCGAUCAAUGCCUUCCCCAGUCGAGACGUUGCCCAUCGUGCCAACAGUGGGUUUAUUGGAGCAGCAGAAAUAAACUUUUCAAAUCGAAAGUUUUGCGUUGGGUGAAAGAGAAUGGGCGCGAGGAGGAGUACAAAGAGGUGGUUGCCAUAAAGAAGGAACAGAAGGUGCCGAAGAUUGGAUUCUGGAAGAAGUUUUGGCCAAUGAUUGUUCCUUUCUUGGAGGUUCACAUGGUUCCUCGCGAAGACCGACGUGCCCGCCGUGUUCGUGGAUUCCGUCUCCGUAGAAACAACAUCGAACCAGCCGCCCCAGCCCAUGCUCCUCAAACUCUCAUCGUGAAUGUCAUUGAUGAAAUGGAAGAUGUGACUGAUCAAGAGUUGGAUGUUUCCUCCGUCAACCCACCAGUCGCCGCCCUUCACAUCCCUAUGCCAAACAUUGUUGAGGUUCCCGAGACUUCUGGAUCUUCAGAUUCCCUGGAAUGCAUCUGCCACACUUUCCCCGACAUUGCCGUAUCUCCAUAUUCUGAUGAACACAUCGUCGCUUCUUCCUCCUCCCUAUCUUCAAUCUCGAGUCAUGCAUCUGACGUCCAGCUCUAA